AGAUGUUUAAUGUCUGCAAAACAAAUUAUCGAAAUUUUCCUUCAUCUCUCACAAAAUUACGUUUUCUUCAUUAUUCACGUUAUUUAAAAAACAUAAAUGAAUUAAAAGAAUCAACAAGUAAUUUAAUUCCCAAUGAAAUUGAACAAAAUAUACAAAGAUGGGAGAAAGGAAUUAAACUUGGCUUUGAUUUCUCAGAAAAUCCCAAUCAACUACAAAACCAAUGGAUGGGGUUAUCUUUGGAAUGUGUUGAUUUUAAACAACUUUCAAGUGCAUUUAUUACUUUAUCAACUAAAAAUCUGUCAAAAUCACAACUUUCUUCUUUACGUCUUUUGAAUCUUAAUGCUGGCAGAAAUCUUGAUUUGAAGAUUAUGGAACCAAAUAGUGAUACAAUUAUUGAAUGUGCUUUUUUAAGACUAUCCAAUUACUAUCUUGUAGUUAAAACAAAUAUUUUUGUUUUUGAUGCUUCCAAUUUGCGUGGAAAUAUUGAGGGAAAAUCUUUUGACCUUCGUUUAAGCCAAAAUUACUCAUUGAAAAAGGCAAUUAAUUUAUUUGGAAAUCGAGAGGAAUUUACUAAAUACAAAGGAUAUGAUGCAAUGCUUUAUGCCUUCAAAUGUAAAAAAAUGCCUAAUUUUGGAGAUGAUCCGGAUAUUAAUAAAUUCAUGCCUCUUUACAAGGUUAACACUUUUUGGUACUUAAUUAUGACUCAUCGCAAUUAACUGCUCUUUCUGCUU